AUGGACGAACUCGAUAUGGACAAGCGGCUGGCGCCAGCUUGGCAUCGAAUUGAAAGGGAGCUUGGACAAAGGCCAAACAUGUCUGGUAGCGCGCUCGACAUGAGGCAGCAGUACAAGCAAUUCUCCGAGGAGCUUGGUGCCCUUUAUCCCAAGCCUGCAUUGGAAGCUGUCGAAGAUGUCGCCAUCACCAAGCACUUGGCUGUACGCACGUACACCCCAGAUGUAACCGCCAAGGACAAGCAUCGCCUGCUCCCGGUGGGCAUCUACUUUCACGGCGGAGGCUGGUGCUGCGGCGACCUUGACAGCGAAGACAACUUUUGUCGCAUGCUCGCCAAGGCGCUUCCUUUGAUUGUGAUCUCUGUCUCGUAUAGGCUUGCGCCAGAGCACAAGGCGCCGGCUCAGGUCCGCGACGCAGUGGAUGCUUGGACCUGGGCUUUCGAAAACGCUGCUCGACUCGGCGGCGACCCAAGCAAGUACUUCACCAUCGGGCAAAGCGCGGGAGGCACCCUCGCGUUUGCCGUACCCAACGAGCUUAUAGCCCUCAAUCGCGGACACGAAGUCAAGGGGAUUAUAUCGCUGUCGCCGUUUGUCGUGCACCCGUCUAAUGUUCCCCCGGCUCACAGAGCAGCAUAUAAGUCGUUUGAGACGAAUGCAAAUGCUCCAAUGAACACUGCCGCCGCGAUGAAUACUUUUUACGGCAAGCUUCCUCUGCAACAUAUUUUCAAGAGCUGGGUUGCUAACAAAACUCCUGCGCAGAUGCUUUCGGAGCUGACCCGGCCGACUCGUCCGUCUACGUGCUACACAGCGAGCGGCUCACAAAAUUUCCUGCGACAUAUAUUGCGAGUUCGAACCAAGUUGCAACACUACGAGAACCUUCCUCACGUGUUCUGGGCUUUUGCAUGUGAACCAGAGAAUGGAAGCUUCUUGGGCGACGUUAUUGAUGGAAUUACAUUUGUGCUGGAUGCCUGA